AUGGCAACAAAGGCGCGGGAGGGAGAGGCGUCGUCGUCGUCGUCGUCUUCCUCCGCGCCUGCAUACCCGGAUCGCACUUUCGACACCAUCGUCCUACCCACCGACUCCGACUUAGUCACAUUCAGCGACCCUUCUUCCUCCAACGAGCCACUCCGCCGUGCCCGUCUCGCAGCUGCAGGUCCCACCACGACCUCCUCGCUGCGGGAAGCAUCCUCCGCUCUCCGACAAGACCUCCCCGUCGCCUUCCCUACGGAAACAGUGUACGGCCUCUCAGCAAACGCCCUCUCCUCCUCAGCAUGCAAGGCCAUCUUUGCCGCCAAGGGCAGGCCGCAAGACAAUCCAUUGAUCGUACAUGUAUGCGACUUGGAGAUGGCAGAGGAGAUUGUGGCGGAAGGGUGGGUACCGCCGCCCUGCUACGAGGAGCUCAUGCGACGAUUCUGGCCGGGAGGAAUCACCUUUCUCAUGCCGGCAGCGAGACCGGGCGUGACGUAUUCUGAUCAGUCGAGCUCGUCAUCGUGGUUCCAAGGCAAAGGCACCUCUCCACUUCCCCUCCUCGUCACCUCCAAUCACCCGCUAGUCGGUAUCCGCAUGCCUUCGCACCCUCUCGCCCGAGCUCUCAUCGCCCACUCGCGCCUACCCCUCGCUGCUCCUUCCGCCAACGCGAGCGGCCGGCCCUCACCGACAACUGCGCAGCAUGUGCUCCACGACCUCAAGGGAAGGAUACCGUACGUGCUGGGCGGCGGUGCGAGUAGCCAGGGAGUAGAGAGUACCGUAGUCGAUGGCGUGACGGAGCCUGGGGAGCUGAGGGUGCUUAGACCGGGCGCCGUUAGUCCCGAGGAGAUUGAAGAAUGCCUCAGUGGGCUGAGUGGGGAGGGAGCCGUAAGGCUUCGUGUGUAUGGUAGGGACAUGGUACGGCAGGAGGCCUUUGAGGCUGCCCCUACCACACCGGGGAUGAAGUACAGGCAUUACAGCCCCACGGCUCCCGUUGUGGUCUUCGUGCCCAGCAAGGAGGCGCGGUACGCGAAGGCGGCUGCGAAUGGCGGGAGUAGCAGUAUCGCCGGCUGGUCGCAAGCACUAUCGAAAGAGGUGCAAGCACUCGUAGCAGCCAAGCCUGACCUCCUUGACGGGAAGGCGAGCGUCCACGUCGGCCUCAUGCUUCUCACAGACUCGGCACUCGCGCAAGCCAUGUUUGCUCCCGAGGAGGCAGAAAUGGCCGCCGCCACUGGUCCGGCCUUUCCCCUCUCCCUCGACGAUGGCAGCCAGGCUCACAUCCUCAUCCAGCCCUUCAGUCUCGGUCGCCUUUCGCAGCCUCAUCUGCCUGCACGCCGCCUCUUCUCUGGGCUGAGGAGUCUCGAUGAGGGCGGCGUGAACUUGAUCGUAGUGGAGGCAGUGGAAGAGAAGGGCAUCGGACUAGCAGUCAUGAAUCGCGUAGGCAAGGCGGCGGGCGGCACUGUGGCAGUGAGCGUAUGA